GCUAGCCAGAUAAUCCAGAUAGUUACCCAACAGAAUUGACUUCAUAAUCCCACAAUCAUGCAUCGCGCACUUUGGGCUAUACUUGUAUUGUCCAGUGUUGUCUCUCAUCCACUUGAGGAGAAGGCUAGACUUCAUAGUGAGAAGGAAACUGUACUUUUGGCCGAAAGGAUUGUUGAGCUCUACAACUCCGACAUCGAGACCAAGGUUGAGCUGUCUGAGGUGUUGUCUCUUCACAGAGUGGGACAGGGUGAAGGUGACCACGCUGUGAAACACAUCCUACAAGCAGACGUUGUCCCCCGCGGCUGUGACAACUGUGCGGCAAUCCGCUGUCACUUUAUAGCAGGCAUAGGUGGUUCGUCUUUAAUAAGCUGUGUGUGUGGACGCCCUGGUGGAUUUAAGCCGGUCCCCUCGGAUGACAGCGGUGUCUUGGGCGCGGCCAGAUACGCCGUGGAAGAUUUAAACAGACGGUCAAACUGCGUGUACCAGUACAAGCUUGUGACUGUCCAGCAGGCUCAGCUGAAGAUAGAAAACGGCGUUGACUACCUGCUAAACAUCACCACUUGUAUGUACAGACCCAGUGACAUGACAACCAAGGACGAUCCAUGUCAAAAGAUUCAUCCUGAAAUUAUUCAGCACUGUGAUGUUGAGGUGUUAGUCCACCCCUGGGAGACACAAGAAGCUGUGAUGACAGCGUUCAAGUGCACAGGCUGUGCCUAAACCACGAACUACAGUUACACUGAUAAACUGAUCAUUACUACAUGCCAGGGCCUAUGAAGCAUGACAAGUUAUCCCGCGUGAGCCAUGGGAGUUGUUACAGUGGCACAGCAGUGUUGAGAUCAUGCUGUUGCAUGUGUUUGUAUGCUGGUUGGUAGAUAAACUUUCGUGAGCUCUUACGUUUUUCGUAAUAAACAA